AAGUCGGGGCACGCACCUCCACUGCCACCACCACUGUCACCGCUGUCACCACCACCAGCGCCACCACCACCAGCGCCACCACCACUGCCACCACUGUCACCACCGUCACCACUACCACUACCACUGUCACCACCACCGGUGCCACCACCACUGCCGCCACCGCCACCACUGUCACCACCACCAGCACCACCACCACUGUCACCUCCACCACCACUGCCACCACCACCAGCACCACCACCACUGUCACCACCGCCACCAGCGCCACCACUACUGCCACCUCCACCACCACU